AUGGAUCCGCACCACCCCCAACACGGGAGCCACAUCUCGUCUGGCACCUCCAACAGGAACAUGGCCGCCGACAAUGCUGACACUUCAACUCGAGUCACCCCCGGCGUUCUUCGGUCCCUAACGGCUUCGCCGGGCGCCUUAAAAGAACCCACAUCAAAGCCAACCGCCGAAGAAACCGUCAUAAGAGAUGACCCGGUCAGGGAGUCUUGGCUAUCCUUUGCUUCGACCACAGCAAGCAGGGAUUCCGUGACGCCCAGCAUCUUCUCCGUGAGAGCCUCUAUCGCCUCCGGGUCAACCAGAUACUCAGUCCGGCAAUCCUCGCUCGAGUCGCCCCUCACGGCCACGAGCCCGGACCACCAAGACUACCGGAAAAACAGUUACCCUACAAAUCCUCGGUACGCUUGCACCUUCUGUGAUUUGGCGUUUGCCUCCAAGAUGGAUUGGGAAUUGCAUGAAGCGGUGAACCACGACCAGCCCGAACAUUUUCGAUGCGCGAUCUGCCCAGCCGUCUUCUCACGAGCAAUCCUCGUUACCGAACAUAUUAAACGCGAUCACCACGCGGGAUCAGACGACCAUACGGCUGCACCGGCGCCGUUGGGGGUCAGGCGGAGUGCUCGGGGGUGUGGAUUUUGCGGAGCGCUUCUGUUGUCAUGCGGCGAGUAUUUGCAGCAUGUUGGCGGUCAUUACGACGAAGGACUCGACAAAUCAUUUUGGCAACAUACCCGUGUUGUUGAAGGGCUGCUCCGUCAACCUGAAAUUGCCGCGGCCUGGAUAGCGCUGGUCACCAAGGAAGAAGAGUCGCGUGGGGCGAAGCUGAGCUUCCUUUGGCAACCCGAGGCCGGUUCUUGGGCUACUGGCGUUGGGCAGCCCCAGCACCUGCGGGAUCUGCUGGAGGUAUUCGGGACGGGAUCGAUGCGGGCAGAAGAAGCCGCUGCUUUAGCCUUUGCCAGUGCCCAUGUUAGGGUGGAAGCAAACGUGAGCGAUUUGUUUGACAGACUCAACCUGCGAACUCCAGUCAUACGUGAGAGAGACACACCAACACGCCCACCGCCAACGACACCGGAGCUGCGGCCAACCUCUUCGGUCACAACUGACGACUUGGUCUCUCCGAUUAUAUCUUUGCCAGCACCAUUUCGACCAACGACUGCGCCUCCAAGCGUUUCUGAGCAAUUGCAUUUGUCGCCUAGACCACCACCACCGUCAUCCUCCAACUUCUCCGGCCCCGAUGGAGCUCCGACUUAUGCCUCCGCGCGGUUGGAACCUCUAGGAUUUCGAGGGCCGACUGGUCUCCGCCGUAUUGGGGGGUCUCGAGACUUAAGCGCGUCGAGGCAGGUCACCUCGCUUGACCUUGGCUCGCCGCGCGUACCCACGGCCCCAUCAUCGCACUUCUCGCGCACUCCUUCUACGGCGGUUCGAAAAGCGCUCGCGCCGCAACCUCGUCUACUGGAAACCUUUCAGGAAGUUGCGCCGCAUGAAGACGCGGGUCAGGGGCGACUGGCGGUCCCUUUGAUGAAACCUCACACCAGCUCAAGCACACUAUCAACGCAUACCAGAGAAGGGUCCCAUGGGUUCGGUGACAGCAACAGCGAACCAGUGUCCGAUGAUAGCUUUUCGGAGCCGGAUACAUGGUUGGAACCUAGCGGACCCCCUGCGGUCUCGAGUCCGUGGAGGGACGCGUUCGAGCAGAGCGUCGACCAAGCCAUGACACGCCUUUGGGGUCGGUACAACCGUGAUUGGGAUGCUCUUGUGCGGCAGUGUGUUGGCGAGAGGAACCCGGACUCAACCCAGUACCAAGGCCCCACGAACCAGGCGCGCAAAGGGGCGUCAUCGAUGAACAACCCCAACAAACGCUUCCGGCCGGUUUCGCGAUCACUCCGACAAGACGAGGAGGAGGAGGACGAUGACGACGGGGAUUCCAAUCAGCCCUCAUCUUCGUUGUCCCAAAUUGGUAGCGACGUUAGGAAACAGGAGCAUCUCUACCGCAAGCAUUACAAGGUUCAUUGUCAACGGUGUAAGACUGUCUUCUCUGACGCGAGGGAGCUUGCCGAGCACGACAUGUUAUUUUCACGGUGUCGGGUGCGGGACGACAUCCCCAACCCUAGCGAUAUCACGAUCCAACAGGAAAAACAGCUCAAGUCGAGAAAACACACUAGUAGGCGACAAUCUGAUGAAGAUAAGUGGAGAGACAUCUAUCGACUCCUCUUUCCCGGCGAGCAAAUCCCGUCGCCAUACCCUGAGGUCGCUGAGGACCUGGCUCCGGUAACAAGUGACACCCACAUCAGCCUAGACUUUCAGCACUAUUUGCUCACCGAAAUGCCUGGCUUGUUUCGGAGGGCGGCUGAAGAACACGCCGGCCGGCCCCUCCAACAGCACGAAGGGCUGACCAUGGAGUCCAUCCCUAGUAUCAUGAACGAUGCGCUCCAGAAGGCGUUCCAGGCGUGGGAGUCCCGGGGGCGACAGUUUCCGAGACCUCAGUCGGAAGACUCGAUGUGGCUACUUUCGGGAACUCCCAGCUCACCUGCAUACCCUUUUGGGCAACCCAACACAUAUCAUGCGCCUCAACCGGCCGGCCAACUGAGUCAGCCGUUCCUCCAACCAGAGUUUACCUCUUCCGCCGGUCUAGCUGUUGGAGGCUCACAUUCUGUGAGCAUGACGGAUGAUCCCGGGUUUGGAGAAGGGCUCUUCCCUUCGGCGCCUCCUGUCACCUUUGACGGGCUUGCCCCGCAGUAUGGCAGAGCCCCUUGGGAGCCGAGCCAGGGGAUGAUGGACAUUGGACCACUGGAAGGCGAUUUGAGCCAUUUCCAAGGUUUCCCGUAUGAGUGGCCGGGAAUGAGCCAGUCUCAGUAA